AUGGCGACGAAGAGUGACAGGAAGCGUAGGACGACCGAGAAACCGGCAUACGAGGGCACUGCUUUGUAUCAUUGGGCUAUAAACAUUCUGGGUCUCGGUUUCGGUUAUUUGCAUCGGUGGCAUGUAUCCACGCUCUUCGAAAAUGACCGGCACUUUUCCCAUUUGUCGGAGAUCGAGCGAGAAAUGUCCUUUAGGACUGAGAUGGGAAUGUACUAUUCCUAUUAUAAAACUAUCGCCGAGUCCAAAGAUUUUUUCGAUGGAAUGGAAAGGAUCAGUCGUGACAAUCUGUCAGAGUAUGGCAGUGUCAUUGAUGCUACUAAAAAAUAUAAUCUUCUACCUGAGAUUGUAGCAGGCUUCCUUUACCACGUUGUCAAAAAUCUUGGCAUUGUAUCCGAGGAACAAUGUUGGCAGAUAGAGAGAGGAGACGGAUUGUCACCUGUAACCAGCUGCGAAGGCCUGGGUGUACCUGUGUAUUUCUACUUAGAGAUAGUUUGGGCUUCCACACUGUUCACAGCAGCGAUACUUUUUUAUUAUGCAACGUACUUGAGCAAUUCCAUUUACGGCGGGCUCGUGACGAUCCUGUUCUUCUUCUUCAAUCACAACGAGUGCACUCGCGUGCAGUGGACGCCGCCGUUGCGGGAGAGCUUCGCGUAUCCCAUGCUACUCUUUCAAAUGUACAGUGUCACCAUGGCCAUCAGAAAGUACUCGAAGCAGAAUCCGGAUAAAGAGCCAGCUUCGCUGAGAAACCGAACCAGACAAGGAUUGUUUAUGGACAUAUUUGGCUCGACAAUCUGCAGCCUGUGCACUUGGCAAUUCUCGCAUUUCGUUUUCACCACGCAAAUUAUAGCGAUCCUCAUACUGAAAUGGCUGAGGAUCAUCCCGUACGACUUCUAUAAGAACUUCUCCAUGGCGCACGCCCUAGCAAUCGUGGCGGCGAGUAAAAUAACAAACGGCAAUCUCAUAAUCUGCUCGCUCUACAUGUGUCUCAUAAUUAGCAGCAACGUGACCAGUUUUAUAAUAAGGCUGUCGCGAUCGCGGAACGUCAAACGAGAGAUUAUUCUCGAGAUUGCCAUCACCGUCAUGCUCACGAAAUGGAUCAAGUCCUACGUCAUGUAUUCCCUAGACGACGCCCAUGUGUUCAACAUAUUGAAGUCUAAAUUGACCGACUACCGGGACUUUCACACUCUGCUUUACACGUGCUCGCCGGAGUUUGACUUUCUGCAAUACAAGACCUACGAGGCAAUCGUUAAGACUUUACUGCUGCCAACGGCAAUACUAGCUGGAGUACUCGUAUUGUACUACUGGUACAGAAGCUUUCGAACAAAUGAUUAUCCGCUUUGCGUAGAAGCUGACGUGGCGUAUAACGGUCUGCAGACCGGCGCCUUUAUCAUCAUGGCCGUUUUUAUUAUGAGACUCAAGCUGUUCAUGACGCCGCACCUCUGCAUAGUAGCCGGCGCUGUGUGCAGCAAACGAUACCUCGAGAAGAUUGGUUUGAAAGGUGAACUCAUGCGACUCGCCGUGGUCGUUCUCCUGCUGGGCGGUAUGUCGUACCACGGCGUCAGCCGGUUCCAAGAGGAACGCGGGUUUAUAGGAGAGUACAGCAACAUCGAGCAAGAAGAGUUGUUUGAAUGGAUAAAGAGCAACACGCCGAAACACGCUGUAUUUGCGGGGAAGAUGUCCUUAAUGGCGAACCUAAUGUUGUCCACUAGAAGACCGAUAGUGAAUAAUCCUUACUACGAAAGCAAGGAGAUGAGGGACAGGACCAUGAGGGUUUACGAAAUCUUCAGUCGAAAGGACGCUGCCUCUGUAUAUACCUCCCUAAGAAACAUGAAAGUUAGUUAUGUCAUAUUAGAGGAACCGCUGUGCCUUGGAUUCGCAAACCUGCCACGAGGAUGUCAAAUGAUCGAUUUGUGGGACGUGGCCGAUAAUGGAACGGCGAAAGCCGCGAACAAACCACCUCUGUGUCCUCUUCUGUUCAAAGGGAACGCAUACCCGUUCAGAAGAGCGUUCAUUAAUAACAAUUUCGUCGUGUUGCAGCUAGACUAUUCGCAUUACGUCGAGUUUAAACCAAAGACUUCCAUACCAUUGCAUCAAUUCUAAAGUUCAUUUCCGAGGAAGCGAAGGAGAAUCCCCGACACGGGAUACCUUGUGAGACUGCAGAAGCUUAUUUUUCUUAAAAAAACGGAAGAAGUAUUAUCUAUAUGAAGAAAUAUUGGUGAAACUGCAUGAAAGCUUACACCUCGCGGAUCUUUCUCAUUUUGACAGAUAAUCGAAGCUGACCUAGCUCCCUAAUCUGCGAUAAUUAUCUUAAUAUUAUUUGUGAUUUAUUAUGAUAUAUCUCGGAAAUUACGACCGCCAUAUAAUUGUUAAGUAAAAAUUACUUCGAACUUCGUCCUUCAUAAUAUAUAUGUCAAAAUGAGAAAAUGAUCCGCGAGGCGUAACCUUUUCUGCAGUUUUACCGAAAUAUUUAUAUACAUAUAUUUUUAAUACGGAGAUUCGCGCGAACAAGUUAAAAGUUAACACCGCGAGCUCUCGAAAGUUUAUUGACCAUAGACUUACAUGCGAUCUGUGAAGAGGCAUUAAGAUAUUUUAAGGCGCACAAUGUUCCUACUUCUUAUUAUGCCAUACAUUUUACAAUACGAUACCAAACCUAUUAUUUGGUUUAAAAAGAACCUCACAAAAGCAUUUUAUUCAGCUAUAGGAAUCGUUUAAAAUGCAGCUAAUGUCGCGCAACUGUCGGAAAAAAAAAUAUAUAUACAUUUGUGUAUGAAAUAUAUACACAAAUAUUCUGGUCUGUUGAAUUUCUCAAUAAUAAAAGCUAUAUAUAAGUUAUUUGAUCGAUUAGCAACAAUACAUAGGGAAAAAUAAUGCCUCGUUUCACAAAGUGAUGUGUACACUUGUGAUAAUUUUCCUAUACUUAAUACUGUCGCGCAUUUAUCAAUACGUCCGACCUUUGGUGACGUAAGUAACUUCGGACGUGCGAGUAUUGUACUCAACGACACAUUGUGUUCAUCCAUCUUGCUAUCACAAAUAUAUAAAACAUCUGUGCCAAUCACUAUCUCAACCACUAUCCGCUUAGAUUUGUACGAAUGCGAAACUUAUUUCGCAUUUAAAUAAGUUCCCCAUACUCGAGUAACGAAUACUCUGCGACACACGUAUUAGACAAUAAUUAUCCGCUUUCUGACGUCGAUUACGUUUAUCAAAUCGCACAGUUCUCGAUUAUACUGCGAUCUAAAUGUUAUAAUUUUAAUAAAGAGAUUAUAAAUACAUCGACAA